CUCAUCUUGCCCUGCCACUCUCUUUCGUUGCUGCGAUAUCGACUAUCAAUCCAUCAAUCCACAGCAUAUCCAGCCUUGUAGGCGCAAUAAAGCCUGCCUACUCCCGUUGAUCUGUUCGUUUGUGCAUCAAGACAAGACAAGAUGAAGGCUACCGUUCUCAUUCUGUCACUCCUUACCGCCAGCGUCGCUUCUUCGAGGUCGUUGUUCGGCGCUACAAAUCAAAAUGCGCUCGUCGAUGAACCCCAGUUCCCUGUCCCAGGCAAGAACCCAUUGAAUUUCUGUGCCGACCCCAAAGACUAUAUCCUCGAAGUUGACUACGUUGACCUGUCGCCUAAUCCACCUCUACCGGGUCAGAAGUUGACUAUUACUGCAAAUGGCACUUUCCACAAAGAUAUCGAGCCUGGUGCUACAGUCUUCCUCCAAGUCAAAUACGGAUUGAUCACUCUCAUCAAACAAGAAGCCGAUCUCUGCGACAACUUACCUCAAAUAGACAUGUCAUGCCCGAUCAAGGAGGGUGUUAUGACACUGAAGAAGGAAGUCGACAUCCCUAAGCAAGUACCUCCCGGGAAAUACACUGUGCUGGCCGACGUCAACACUGUCGACAAGGAGAAGAUUUCAUGCAUGGAAAGCACCGUUUUCUUCUCAAGGGGAUGAGCAGCUGCAGGAGGACUGAGGACGGUGGAAGUCAGGAGAUCGCUCUAGCAGCGGGCGCUGUCUUAUUCCAUGCACAUACAUCAUUUGUCUUGCUUGUUAGGCGUUGGUCCCCGGGUAUCGAGUUAUAAGCGGUCUCAAUCAGUUCUGCCCUAAUGACGAAGCAGUGAAAAUGAGGCUUUCGUAUACAAUGGGCUUGAGCAUUCUAUCGACAAAUUUCUGCUUCCUAUUCUUGUUCCGUGUUGCAAGUUGCCGAAAGUCAUCCUGCAUGCACGAUAACCCUUUGGCAGGAACCCAGAUUACAGCUAUACGUUCUAUAGCUCUCAGUGGCGAAUAGAUACGGCCUGUCUUGUCUGCAAAAUCACAGCGAUGCAAGGAGCCUUCCACGCUCAUCUGGAGGCUGGAGCAUCCCAAAGCUCUUCAGCAUUAUCUCUGAAAAGAUUUUCUACUAGUCCAGUAUCCGUUCCACACCACUCAAAACACUUCUCAAUAAAUGGCACGGAGUCGAUGUCAUCAAACCUCGUAUGAGGCCAAUCCGUGCCAUACACGACACGGCUUUUAGCCUCCUUGAUCAAUUCCCUUCCGAUUGGGUCCAGAUCUCGCAUACCAGGAUCUUUCGACAACCUGUAUGGCGCGGACAGCUUGAUCCAAGUAGUCUUCUGCAGGAGUGCGACUAAAGAUUCAAAUCCAGGUAAUGCGUAGGGAGGAACAGCUCGCGACGGAUCAUACGGCUCCGGUAGAGACGGCCAGCCGAAAUGAUCAAUACAGAUUUUCACCCCUAGAUCCGGGACGAUCUUUUCAAGUGGAAUUGCAAGCCUCAAGGGAAUGUACAAUUGCAGCACCCAAUUGAAGGGCCUGAGGACACGAGCGUAGGCUUGCAACUCGCUUCGCAGCUCUGACUCAGUGACUUCUCUUCCCACAGAGACCAGGUUGACGCGAGCUCCCCGGACACCCAGGGCGUGCCAUUUCUGCAUAAUAUUCUGGUCGAUAUUGGUUGGAUCGAGGCCGACUACUGCCCGGCCGUGAUUUGGCGUCAAUUCACGCAAUGCCUCAAGCAUGCAUGAAUUGUCAUUGCCGUAGAUUGAGGGCUGGACUAGGACCAUGUUU